AUGAUGAACGUACUCCCCACUGAAGUACUUGCCCAGAUCAUCGAGGAAGCAUGGGCACUUCCUCUUACCCCCUUCGGACGACUCCGAAUGGCGACAUCAUCCCAACUCGUCAGUAAAUCGUUCGCAUGGGAAUUCACACGCGUGUUCUGCACCGACGUACACGUUUUCUCACCCUCCCAUCUCAACCAUGUCAUCUGUCGUAUGCUACAACGAGACACCGUAGCCUUCCGGUCCAUUGACUCUUCCUCAUUCAUGCCGUCAGAAUUCUGUGUGUCCAUCACCUUCGUCCUCGAAGUCGAUCCCUAUGGCACCAAUCCCGUAACGCACCCAGCGUCCAAAGAUAUCCAUGAUCUCAUGUCGGUGCUUCAUCAAUUCUUCCCCAAAGCCAGCCGGAUAUCGAUGGACUACCACAAUUGGUGGUAUAACGACGCGUCGCUCGCACGGCUCCAGCUUCCGGAACAAACUACCGAGUUGGAGCUUGUGUAUACGCAUAGCACGCGGUACACACAAGAGCGUCUGGAGAAGAAUGUAAAGUUGGACGUCGUUCCACCGUACGACUUGCCUGGAGUGAAGAAGUUGACGAUCAGGGGAGGGAAUCGCCUGUUCGACAAGCAAAUAGCACAGGCGUGUUACAACGUUCGUCCCUGCUGAUGAACAUAAUGAAAUACUUAUACUUUUUCUUCUUUGUUUUUGUUGCAUCAUUCGCUAUGUAUCUUCUCGGACUCUCUCUCUAUAAACUUUCUUCGAUUAUCUCGCACGUUAAGUUUUCGGACUUUUUAAGUUCUAACUAUGCGCUGUAUCCAACCAGAAAUGCUGUCGCCAAUGCAGAUUAUUCGGAUCGAA